AUGGAGUCUUCUGACCUGCGCGCAGCCUGCGAGGAUCCGGUCAUGUCAUCGGCCGCGGUAGCAGAUCAGGAGUCAGUGUUACACCUGCGGACACGCUCGUCUGGAUUGGAUCGGCGCAGGAUGAAGAGACGCCUCGGGCAGGUUCACGAGACGCUGCCAUCCCCAGACGACCGUCCCGGCCCGGUGCUCAACGCUUCGUACAUCUCCCUGCCAAACCUCGAUAGGCGGGGCUCACCACCCUCAAAGCUUAGGCGCGGUAGCUCGAGGUUGUGGUCAGUCGUACGAUCCUUUACGGGCAGCAGCAGCAGUCCAUCCAACACGGUGGUCAUUAAGCGUACUCCAGAGGUCACGCCUCCUCCGACCCCUGACGUGAAGGGCCAGUCUGUGCUUGUUGGUAGGGCAGUCAAGAGGAUGUCGUCGAACAUUUUUCGCAACCCCUUUGGUCCAACCGUGGUUCAUCGCAGCCAUCCCAAGGCCAGGCCUUCGCUCGCCGCUGCGCUGGGCGUAGCGCCGACAACUCCGGGGCCGGAAUCUCCGGCAUCCUCGGCGACCACCCAGUCCACGUCUUACAGCUUUCUCUCGACACCCACGGGCAACUCUACUGGCAAAACAUCUCUGGACUCCAAGGACUCCAAGGUGUCAUAUCGAGAGUAUGUGGAGAAGAAACCAGUCAAUGUCAAGCGCCGGGGUCCCGUCAUUCGCUCCAACCCCGAAGUCAAUCUCAAGCCCAUCGAAGAGACAGUCUUCGACGCGACUAAUCCGACGGUCAUUACUGUGGAACGUGCUGCUGCUGCCAAGAUCUUCUUGGAGACGCAUUUCAACGAGAUGCUCAGCCGUCCCUCGCCGAGGUCUCUGCGAAGACGAUAUAUGGAAGCCGGGCUCUACCGGGCCGAGAAUCUUUCGCCCCAGGAAAAGGAACAGUGCCGGGCGAUGUUCUAUCGCACAGAGACUGACCACUUGCGUGAGCGUCGAGUCAUGAAGGCGCGCAGCAUCCAAGCCCUGAACCUCAGCUCGGGGAACACGAAGUCGCAUUAG